AGAAAGAAAGAAAGAAAUAAUAGAACUAUAAAGCAAACCACCAUCUCUCACCUCUCUCCAUCUAACUUCUACCUUUUCAAAUUCCCUCUUGAAAAAGAAAAAAAAAUACCUUCCUCUGAUUUGAUCUCUUCACCUUCCUAACCCCCAUGUCCACCAAAUCCCCUGUUUUCCCCUUCCCUGAAGAACCUCAACAUUUCAGCGACUAUGGCUUCGACCCUCAAAUCGACUAUUUCCAGGUUCUGGAAGAAGCAAGAAAACACAGACGAGAAUCAUCAAGAUCCAUAGACUCCCUUCAUUUCAAGCUCCAAAAACCCAUUUCCAAAGACGAUUCAAAGAACAUCACAAAGAAGAAGAAAAAGCGUUGGUGGAAAAACGCUUUCCUCUUCUUCAAAUGGAAAUGGAUCCACAUCCACCACCAAAACGACGCCGCUAAUUUUCUUCACGACGACGACGUUCAUCAAGCCAGAGCCCGUGCUUUCCGUGCUUCCAUUUCCGGUCCGGUUUAUGUAACGGAAAGUCGUAGCGGUUCCUCUACUCCUUGCCGCUCCACCACUCGACCCUCCUCCGGUCCACUCGCCGGAACUCUAACGCCCACUAGAAAAGGAGACGUUGAAAUCCCUUAUCUUAGCCUCCGAGAACUCAACAUGGAGCAACAACAAUAUAGAAUUUCCUCCUCCGCUCCCAUGCCUAUUUACUUAGUCACUUAAAAUUAAUUAACUAAAACAAAAACUUCAUCAACAACAGCAGCAGCAGCAACAACAAAUGCUUUCGUUUUCUUCUUUUUCUUCUCUCUGGUGGGUGUUAAAUGGGUUGUCGAUUGGGUGGGUUUCCCGGCGGGGCCUGCGACGGGAAGUUGUUUUUCUUUUCUUAAUUUUAUAAAUUGGGUGCAAAAAGGUGUGUUGAUCCAUCGGGAAAAGGAUGGGAUCUUUUCUUUUGAUCCGCCUUUAUUGAUUUACGCGUUCAACAGGUUUAUCGUCUUUUCAUCUGACCUUUUCUUUUCUAUUUAUUAUUAUUAUUAAUUAUUAUUAUAUUAUGUUUAAUGAUGUUUUUAAUUUCUCCAGAUUAUUAGGAGUUUAGCUUUAAAAAGGUUUGUAAUCUUCCAUCCUAUUAUUAACCCCAUAAUCAUCAUAUUAGAUUUCUUUUCUUUCU